ACUUGGUUUGGUUUCUCCGCUCGCCUCGUAAUUGUCACUAGCAAUGGUUAAACGGGCUCUCGGCACAUCAGUCACUGAAUCGCAUAUAAAGCAUAGCUGAAAUCGAUUUAGAGGCACUCAGAUAGCUCCCGGCACAUUCAGUCCUGACUUGUCUUCCUUCUCAUAGUUAUCAGCUUCAAGCUAAUCCUCUCCCUCCGCCGUUGAAGCCGCCACAACACCAUGCAAGCACUUCAAUCCCCAACUCUUCGAGUUUCUCCAUUGGACCCACUUCGCAAAUCGUCCAAUGGCACAGCAAGAAGAUCCAACAAGGUGUCCUACAUCUCGGCCACUGUAUCCUCCAAUGUUUCCGCCCCGAAGAGAGAGAAGGACCCGAAAAAGCGGAUUGUUAUUACCGGAAUGGGGCUUGCCUCUGUAUUUGGCAACAACGUCGAUACUUACUAUGACAAGCUUCUUGCGGGUGAGAGUGGGAUUGGCCCAAUCGACCGAUUUGAUGCUUCCAAGUUUCCCACCAGGUUCGGCGGACAGAUCCGAGGCUUCAACUCCGAAGGGUACAUUGAUGGUAAAAACGAUAGGCGUCUUGAUGAUUGCCUUCGGUACUGCAUAGUUGCUGGCAAGAAGGCUCUCGAGGAUGCCGACCUUGGGGGUGAUAGGCUUUCCAAGAUUGACAAGGAACGGGCUGGUGUUCUUGUUGGUUCAGGAAUGGGUGGUCUUACCGUCUUUUCUGAUGGUGUUCAGAAACUUAUAGAGCAAGGAUACCGCAAAAUAACUCCUUUUUUUAUUCCUUAUGCAAUUACUAAUAUGGGUUCAGCCUUGCUUGCUAUUGAUCUUGGAUUCAUGGGUCCAAAUUAUUCUAUUUCAACUGCAUGUGCUACCUCCAAUUAUUGUUUCUAUGCUGCUGCCAACCACAUACGUAGGGGAGAGGCUGAUCUAAUGAUAGCAGGUGGGACUGAAGCUGCUAUUAUUCCCAUUGGGUUAGGCGGUUUUGUUGCAUGUAGGGCUCUGUCCCAGAGAAAUGAUGACCCAAAAACUGCUUCAAGACCAUGGGACAAAGAACGAGAUGGCUUUGUAAUGGGUGAAGGUGCUGGAAUAUUGGUAAUGGAGAGUUUGGAACAUGCAAUGAAGCGAGGUGCGCCUAUUAUUGCUGAAUACUUGGGAGGUGCUGUUAACUGUGAUGCUCAUCAUAUGACUGAUCCUAGAGCUGAUGGACUUGGUGUAUCUUCAUGUAUCCAGAGUAGCCUUGAAGAUGCUGGUGUUUCACCUGAAGAGGUCAACUACAUAAAUGCUCAUGCAACUUCUACUCUUGCUGGUGACCUGGCAGAGAUUAAUGCUAUCAAAAAGGUUUUCAAGAACACUUCAGAGAUCAAAAUUAAUGCCACCAAGUCUAUGAUUGGGCACUGCCUUGGUGCGGCUGGGGGUUUGGAAGCCAUUGCCACAGUGAAAGCCAUAACAACUGGAUGGCUACAUCCCACGAUCAAUCAAUUUAACCCUGAGCCGUCAGUUGAUUUUGAUACAGUUGCAAAUGUAAAGCAGCAACAUGAAGUUAAUGUUGGUAUUUCAAAUUCAUUUGGAUUCGGUGGACACAAUUCUGUCGUGGCAUUUUCUGCUUUCAGGCCUUGAGUUGUUCAGAUUGUCCACACCUCAUAUAGAAUGAAUCUUACUUGAUCGAGGUUUUGUUCUUUAUUCAUUUCUGAGGCUGCUUCUUUGAAUUUUUAGUCCGUAAUUAUUAUUUUUUUAAAAAAAAAACCCAUAGUUUUGUGGUGUUUGUAAUCUGACAGCGUGAGGACAUUUUGGUGUAGUAACUUAUGAAUAAAGGGCUUGGCCAAAUUGGUCUGAUUUUUA